AUGCCCCCAAAGCCCAGAACGAUGGAAGGACAAGGGGUAGGCCGAACCCUCAGGCUGCUCCGAAAUCGCUUGCCACGACUUCGAGCAGGACCUUCCCAGAACAAUACUGUGGAAGCUGCCACAGAACCAGAAAGGACCCAGGAGCAUUCUCUGUCUAGCUUUGCUGGAGGCCAGCACUUCUUUGAAUACCUUCUUGUUGUUUCUUUAAAGAGAAAGCAUUCAGGGGAUGACUAUGAACCCACGAUCACCUACCAGUUUCCCAAGAGGGAGAACCUGCUCAGGGGUCAACAGGAGGAGGAGGAACGGCUACUCAAAGCCAUUCCUUUGUUCUGCUUCCCUGAUGGGAACGAGUGGACACAACUCACAGACUAUUCCAGGGAGACCUUCUCAUUUGUCCUGACCAAUGUGGAUGGAAGCAGGAAGAUUGGAUACUGCAGGCGUCUCCUGCCUGCCGGUCCUGGCCCUCGCCUUCCCAAAGUAUACUGCAUCAUCAGCUGCAUUGGCUGCUUCGGCCUGUUCUCCAAGAUACUGGAUGAAGUGGAGAAGAGGCAUCAGAUCUCCACGGCUGUCAUCUACCCAUUCAUGCAAGGUCUCCGAGAGGCUGCCUUUCCCGCUCCUGGAAAGACUGUCACCCUUAAGAGCUUCAUCCCUGACUCAGGCACAGAGUUCAUCUCACUGACAAGGCCCCUGGACUCCCACCUGGAACAUGUGGACUUCAGUGCUCUGUUGCACUGUCUCCAUUUUGAGCAGAUUAUUCAGAUCUUUGCCUCUGCAGUACUGGAAAGAAAAAUCAUCUUCCUGGCAGAAGGUCUCAGUACCCUAUCUCAGUGUAUUCACGCUGCAGCUGCUCUGCUCUACCCCUUUAGUUGGGCACACACGUACAUCCCUGUGGUCCCUGAGAGCCUUCUGGCAACUGUCUGCUGCCCCACCCCCUUCAUGGUUGGGGUACAGAUGCGCUUUCAGCAGGAGGUUAUGGAGAGUCCCAUGGAAGAGGUCCUGUUGGUGAAUCUUUGUGAAGGAACUUUCUUAUUGUCGGUUGGUGAUGAAAAAGACAUCCUACCACCAAAACUUCAGGAUGACAUCUUGGACUCUCUUGGUCAGGGAAUAAAUGAGUUAAAGA